GUCUGAUCGACACAUCCUGUCAUUCAGACGUUCUGGUAGACAUCGUGAGGAACUGCGCACUGGUAAGCAGCUUCGAAGAUGACGUCAUUAUUAAGCAAGGAGAGAGGGGCGAUAGCUAUUUUGAAGAUUUUAGUUUCUACAUCAUCCUAAGGGGUUCGGUCAGCGUGUAUAUUGACCCUAAGAUGACGGGAGAAGGCGUGGAUGAAUCCACCGCUAGAGCGUCUGCGGCAGCGAAACGGAAGUCGGUCAAAAAACUCCCCACAGCGCCUGAAUCGGAAGCCUCGAUUCUGAGCGGGAUGGAAAAGGCGUCAGUGACGUCAGCAGAGGUGCAUGACGUAACUUUACAUAGAACGGAGGCAGAAGUUGCGUCAAGCCACGAGGAUGCCGACAAUGACUCGGAAAUGACGAAGAAACCGACGAAAUUGCUGGCGCCUCUAGAUCGAAAUAAAUUCGGGAAAUUUAUCAUGAAAUACGGCCAGGGUGGCGCUUUCGGCGAGUUGGCUCUCGUGAACAAGGACACGUUCCGUAACGCUACCGUGGUCACGGAUGAAGACACGGAUCUCAUGGUGAUCGACCAGGAACUCUUCGACAGGUCAUUAAAGGCGGAGCAAGAGGCAAAAUACGCGGAGAUCCGGGAAUUCAUCGAAACGAAUUCUUUUUUCAAAGACAUGAACGUGAAGUUGAAGAAGCUACUAGAAAUGAGCAUCAGGAAGGAACGCUACAUUUUCGACACCAACAUUGUACGCCAGGGUGACCCUGUUGAGGGGCUUCAUUUCAUUAUCAGGUAUUUAAACAGCCCAUGCAACGGAAGUGCCAACAUCAUCAUCCAGCCUAAGAAGCACCCGGGCCAGUACCCGCAACUAUGGCCCUUCGAGGCGGGCGUCGACCAGAUAGCCAUAGAGUUCGAGCAUCUCCGCGAACGCAGGAGAAAAUACGAAAUGCGUCGCGCGGCGAUCCUCCGGAAGUACGAGGACCCGUCUGUGUGGGACACAAAACCGGAAGACCUGGUGAUCCGCAGAGAACAGGGGUACGCCGCCAUCGAGAAGCACAUGAAGGAGAGCCACAUCAAUCUGUGUUCAGUGCAGAACAAGGAGGUGCUUGGGGAUAUCGAGACGCUUUUGAAUCUGGGGACGUACGUUCAGACGGUCCGAUGUACGGCCGACACGCAAUGCUUCGUGCUCGAUACGAAGAAUUUCGAGCGCCUCGUUUCGAACAGGAAGGCGAAUCCGAUCACCAUGGAUAUCAUGCGCGCACACGUCAAGAACAAGCUGCGCAUGCGCAUGCAGAUGAAGCAGGCUGACCUUAUUCCGUUGCUUGGAUACAUGCACCAUAAAAUAACCGAGCAAAUGCUGCCGCAGACGAAAAAGGUGGAACCUUUUAAAACAUCGAAGUCCGUACCGGACGUGGAGGAGGAGAUGCAGCACCUGCUUCAGUACUUCCGGGAGGGAAAGGAAGUGAUGCUUCUCAAACCAAUUGUGCCUGGCGUCGUCUACUACCGGGAGCUUAUGCACGAGAAGGCCAAAAUCAGGGAGCAACAGAAGAAGGCAUCUGGCAACGCUGACCCGCCGACAAGACGCAGAGUGAUCAAGACGCAAAACAACCGGAAGCCGCGAAGUAUCGCGCAAAUUCGCGAAUCCCUGCAUCAGAUGAUGGAGGCGGAAGUGAUAGAAAUGGAAACGAAGAAAUUUAAGAAGAGAACCCCCAAACCUCAAAAGGAUAAUAAAAGCGAUCAACAGCUCAGCGUUAGAACCGUGCCUUCUAAUACUCCGCGAACUUUAGUGAGUUCUUACAGUAAUGUUUCCGAAUCCCAAGAUUCGGUAAAACCAGGACUUAUCGCUUUAAUGCAAGCAGUGCGCAAAGCCGACACGGCUUCGGAAACGAGCGAAACAUCGUCUAUCGAUGUACCAAGACAUCUCACAGAGUUUAAAAACGAAAACUCCAGCAACGGAAAGUCAAGCCACGAAGCCAGUGCUCAUAAACCGGUCCCUCCAGUUUUUGUGACCGAGCUCUCGACCCAUGAGAUUAAGCUGCCGGCAAUCCGCGAGGAGAAAACGCAAGAAGAGAUAAUACUUCGUGAAGGCAGUGCUAGUAAAAUACUCUCCGAACAAACGCCUGAUAACAUGACAACGACACAUCUUAGAGAGAGAGAUAAUAACAGUAAAGCUUCGACUAAAGCUUCCAAACAUGCGAAGUCCAAAACCCCCAACAAACAGGCGCCGUCAAUUCAAAUAAGCGCGGACAAUAAAGACAAUGCGCCCAUUGAAGGAACAUUCGACAUCUCUGAGGCUUCGACGUUUUCGAAAGAAAACGUUCCUAGCCUUCCGGCACUCGAUGGUUCCCAGCUAAGCUUAAAUCAUGGCCAGGAAUCAGCGAGGACGGGAGAUACCAGUGGAAGCAACGUAUCUCUGAACUGGAAGACCGCCAUUAAGUUUGUGAACCAGAGGGUACAGGACAGGCUGACGAAGGCAUUACUGGAGGAAGAAACGCCAUACAAGGAUUUCUUGACGAGCGAACCGUCCUUGAAACUGCUCGAGAACCGGAUACAAGCGUUCCACAUCAAGUACGGAAUGGGACAUAAAACGAAAAACCUACCGCCCCUGAAACGAUACAAGCUCGACUCCCAGGACGCCCCGAAGCCAGGAGGCCGAGUGAUUGUAAAACGUCAAACGUGCCGCUUCGCUGACACGGAGUACGUCGUCAAGGAUCACCAGCACGUAAAGCACUCCAUGGUGGAGCACAUUCCUGACUUCGACCGCGUUCGAAAGACGAAAAUUGUCGUGCAACAGCUGCUGAAAUCCUCUGACAACAGUUGAUUGGUUUUGAAAUCUGCUGAUAACAUUAAAUUAAUGCUGACUUCGGCAUUUGGAAUUUGCUGAUAAUAGUUGAUUGUUUUUUUAAAUCUUCUGACAAAAGUGUAUUCAUGUUUACUUCGACUAUUGGUAUCUGCUGACAAAAGUUGAUUCGUGUUGAUAUCGGCAACAUAAAUCUACUGUCAAUAUCGGCUGAAAAAAAUAUUGAACUUUCAAAAUUUUGGCGAUUUUUUACUAACCGUAAAACUGUGUC